AUGGCGGACAGCUAUAGAGAACAAGACAACCAGUCUGAAACAACUGAAGGUCAACGUCCCAGGGGUAUCCUCAAGGCAAAGACACCUAAGAGAGAGAUUAAUGCGUUUCAUAAUAGAAGGAUCAGCUGGGGAGAAAAGAAGACAAGAGAGUUCAAACCAAUGAGUGAUAGCUCAAAUUCUCAGCCAACUACAGAAAAGCGCAAGAGCAAUACUCGAUGGGGACCUGAAAUUGUUGCCAUUAUUUCACCUCAUGAAAACAAUAAAGAGAACAACCCACCUGAUAUUGAUGAGGAAAGCGAUAGUUUGAAUAUUCCAAGUGAAGAAAGAAAGAGAAUUAUUGAAGAGUUUGACAGCGAAGAUAGUAUUCAUGAUCCAGUUGAGCAGAAGCUCCCAAAUAAUUCAGAUCUCGAGAAGGAUAAAUCUUCUUGGAGUAACACUUAUGCAAAGCCAGGAAGGGUUGAAGAAAAUAAAUUAGAAAACAGGAGACCAAAGCCAAGAACUACCAAUCUUAAAUAACCUUUUAAAAACUAAGAAAGAGGAUGAACCCCAAAAACGUAGACCAACCACUCAUCCCUUCUUUACUGAGAAAGAUGAACCAACCGAAAAGGAUCAGGGCUACCAGAGCUAUUGGGACUUAAAGAAAGUUUCAGAUGAAGAGGAGGAUAAAAAUAAUCAAUAUCUGCAACCUCAUAUUCCUGAGAGGAGCAGGGACUCAGUUACUCCAAUAAAACCUCCUAAAUUUGAAUCUCUAGAUGAUUCUUUGAUAAAACGAAAAGAUAAAAGCCUACAAGAAAGAGAGUAUAAUAAGAAGAAAAGACAAACUUUAGAAGAAAUUUAUCAUGCUUGUAAAAGCCCAAGGCCAAACUCACGAGAUUUACAUAGAAAUCUCAAGAGAGCUGGAUUACAAACUCCUGGAGCAAAUUUUGCAAUUAAUGAAUCAAACAUCCUCAAACAUGAGAACAACCGACUGAAACAACUAAGCAAGAACAAAUAUCCAAAAAUAGUGAACUCGAUUCUGAAGGACAUCAAGAGGAUUGAUAGCUGUAAAACUAUGAAUCCUGAUCUGAUUUUAAUACUUCGUCAGCAGAGGAAGAAGCUUAAAACUAUUGCUAGAAUUAUGACUCAAAUUAAUGAGAAGAAGGAGUUGGAGCAAAAGCUGCUAAAAAUGAUGAAAAAGAAGAUCACAAAUGAGCAAUUUAUCUCCCAGAUUGAGACUCUUAAGGCAAAGGAAAAGAUUAUUAAGAACAAACACACCGAGAAAAUGUUUAUUGAUAAUGUCUAUUCAAAGUUAUUUAUUAAGCACUUGGUUCAAUGAGAGAUUUGUUAUACAGAAAUGAGCCCUUCGACACCAAUAGUCUUUGAACUUUUUCCUAUAACACCCAUAACUAGAGGGAAAGAAAAGCUUAAGGUGUCCAAUUUUGGUCUGUUCAAGGUGAAGCUAUUGGUCACUAAAGAUCAGGAAAAGUUGAUAGAUAUCAGUUGAAACUAUGAUCUUAAGAACCUCUUCAGUAUAAAGGAUAUACCUACAUACUAUGCAAACAGCAAGGGAGAGACUCUUGAGCCAGUCGAGGCUAAAAAAGUCAUCUCCUGAACGUUCACCUUCCUGUGUGACAAGAUUAAUAUGGUUGUUCAGGCAGCAAAUAAUAAUAAGGAGGAGAUCAAUAUAAAGACCCUUAUAAAUUUGUGCACGAAUAAUUUGUUUGGCUACAAAUUAUUCUUAGAGGAUCUUAGAGAUAUUUAUGCAGGAAAGUACCCUAAAAUUUAUCUGGACGAAUUCAAAAUUCUAGAGAGCCUUCUUGAGAAUCAAGAGAUGCUUACAGCAGAAGAACCUUUGGUCUUUAUAACCCUCUGAGUGAUAAAUCCUAGGGGUGUUCACCCAGAACUGAUUUUGACUCUAAAGGGAGAUUAUAGAUACCUUUUCACUACAACCAUAAUAUCAAGACCAACAUCUAUAAAAGCUCCUUCAGGAAGGUUACCUUUAAGAAAUAUAAUUCAGUAUUUCAAUUAAUUCUUAA